AUGUUAAAAGUGAUUGUGAAAACAACAAAUUGGAACUUUUCUCUCUCUCUUACUUUUACCCUUUCUUUCUUUCCCUUUCUCGAAUUGGUCCUCUCUCUCUCCUCUUAUUUCUGCAUCGAUAACCACUCUCUCCUUUGUUACUUUCGAUUUCUCUCACUUUUUCACUCACACAUUCUAUAUUUCCUUCUCUCCCUCUCUCUAUAUAUUUUAUUUUCUCUCUCUCACUCUCACUAUUCCUCCGUUCCCCACUCUCUCAUAUUUCAUUAUUUCAUUUUUCUUGAACGAAAUCAAAAAAUGGCUUCGUCAUUGAGGAAAGAAAUCUUGGAAGCGAAAAUAUUCGGCCUACGACUGCAGGAAGAUGUCGAAGAAUUAAUAAAUCGGCUCCGUCAAGGGAUUGAAUGGACGAAGAAAUCGAUUGAACAAUUAUCAAUCGAUUGCGACGAGAAUUGCACCAAAGUCUGGAAGGAAUUCGAUGAACUUCUGGAAAAGACGAGGCUGAAGGCCGCAAACUUGUGCAACCAAAUGAAAGAAAAGAGGAGCGAAGAAGAAAGGAAAUGGCGCCAAAUCCUCGAAGAGAAAGAAACUCUCUUGGAGGAGGCGGGAAAAUGGCUCCUGGAUUUGCGCCAAUUCUUAGUCGUCAGCAUCGACGACGAAGAAGUUGUUUCUGGUGUCCGGUCGCUGGGAGCGGAGCUUUCAGGGCGUCUCCACGAAUCGUUCUUUCCUGUUGAGGAAGGUCAUUUUGUGGUGACCUUUCCAGCAUGGUGCCAACGAUCCUUGGACCAACUUCAAGAAGAAAUCGUCGACUUUAAGACGCUAAAGACAUGGCAUCCAAGAGAAUUGGAACUUGAAAGCGAAUUCCGACUUCGGGGUUCGAACCUGGCGUGGAUUUAUUCGAUUGCCGCCAGCGACGAAGAUGGUCACGUGUUUGUUGUCGAUGGGGGCGACGAUUCGAUCAAGGAAUUCGGUGAGACUGGGGAAAUCGUCGGCCGAUGUCCCUUGAGGGACGAAGGAUUCUCACCCUGGGACAUUUGUUGUCUUUCCCAAGACAAUUUCGUUGUUUGUGGACUCUCUCCUCCUCCCGCUUCUAAAUUUCAUCCCUCCCUUCCUCCCUCUCCCUUAAACUGCUUUUCUCUUUCUUUUCUCCACCCCCGACUUUUUCCCUCUCUCUAUAUUGGCUUAUUCAUUUUCAUAUCUAUCUAUCUAUCUAUCUAUCUAUCUAUCUAUCUCAGUAAUUUUCAUAUCUAUCUAUCUAUCUCAGUAAUUUUCAUAUCUAUCUAUCUACCUAUCUAUCUAUCUCAGUCAUUUUCAUAUCUAUCUAUUUAUCUCAGUCUGUUUCAUCUAUCUAUCUAUCUAUCUAUCUAUCUAUCUAUCUAUCUAUCUAUCUAUCUAUCUCAGUCAUUUUCAUAUCUAUCUAUCUAUCUCAGUCUGUUUCAUCUAUCUAUCUAUCUAUCUAUCUAUCUAUCUAUCUAUCUAUCUAAAAUCUAUAAAUCUAUCUUUUUUAUUUAA